AGGGCGCCCGACCGGGAGAACCGAUGUCUGCAGUGGAGAGAGAGAAGACCAUGCGGAAGCUGGUGGACGUGCACCGCCGAGUGGAGCGAAAGCAGCAGAGGGACAGAGACAGACAGCAGCUGAGGGUCCAGGAACGUUUGUCCAUCAUCCAGAGCAGGAAGGCAGAUGAGGAUUUAUUUGGGCCUAAGCACAAAGAGAGGAUGAGGCACCUCAGUAAAGACAUACCACAAGAAAAGAGUCAGCAGAAGACGCUGGUCAGAGAACAACUGGAGCAGCUGAAAAGGGAACGCUCUUUUAUCAUGCAGUCCAGAAGAAAAAGGUACCGAAUUACAGUUGGUAUUUCAAGUCCUCUUUGUGAUGGGUUACAGUGA